AUGUUCAGCGGCUGUCCUAACGGUAGUCUCGAUCACAGUACACCUGGAGACGAAUAUCUAGUGGCCGUGUGUGGUAUCGGGGUGCGACUGCCUGGCAGAAUCCGCAACACUCGUGACUUUUGGGAUCUUCUCAUCAACGGCAAGGAUGCCAUCGGUCCAGUUCCUGAGACUCGAUACAAUGUCGACUCCUUUGACGACUCCCUGGGAGGAAAAGAGAUUGUCAAGUCUAAAUGCGGCUACUUUCUGGACGAGGAUUUCACUCGGCUCGACACCUCCCUGACAUCAAUGACGCGGCAGGAAGUUGAGAGAUGUGAUCCGCAGCAGCGGCAGCUUCUCGAAGUCACCAAAGAAGCCCUGGAUGAUGCAGGGGAAAUCAACUAUCGCGGGCAGCCUAUUGGAUGCUUUGUUGGUGCGUACACAGACGACUGGCUGCACAUGGCGGCAAAGGAGACGCAACACAAGGGUGGCUAUAUCCUCACAGGAUCCCAAGAUUACAUGCUGUCUAACAGAUUGUCCUAUGAACACGAUCUCAAGGGCCCAAGUAUGACAAUCAAGACGGCCUGCUCAGCCGCAUUGGUCGCGCUUCACGAGGCAUGCCGGUCGAUUCGAAACGGCGACGCAAUAAGCGCUGUUGUUGCAACCUCCAGCGUCAUUCUGACAACGGUGGUCACAACCGCCUUUGGACUGGACGGCAUCCUCUCACCGGAUGCUUCCUGCAAAACAUUCGAUGCGCGGGCCGACGGAUUUGGUCGGGCGGAAGCCGUCAGCGCAAUCUAUAUAAAACCAGUCUCAACGGCACUGCGAGACGGCAAUCCAAUACGGGCAGUUAUACGUGGCACGGGCACCAAUUCCGACGGCAAGAGUCACGGGUUAACUAAUCCCACCGCCGAGUCACAGGCGGCGCUCAUCCGCAAGGUUUACAAAGAUGUUGGCCUGGACCCGUGCCAGACUGCAUACAUUGAGUGUCAUGGAACCGGCACAGCCGUCGGAGACGUUGUCGAGACGACGGCAGUUGGCAGCAUAUUUGGCGAUCGAGGCGUUUACAUUGGCUCUGUCAAACCGAAUGUCGGCCAUAGCGAGGGAGCGUCUGGGCUCAAUGGCCUCAUCAAGGCCAUUCUGGCCCUGGAGCACCGUAUCAUUCCACCCAACAUCAAGUUUGUUCAACCGAACCCGAAAAUUCCUUUCACAGCCAGGGGUCUUCAAGUGCCCAUCAGGCCUACCGCAUUCCCCAGUGACCGUGCUGAGAGAAUCAGCAUCAACUCGUUUGGUCUCGGUGGCACCAAUGCCCAUGUUAUUGUCGAAUCGUACCGUGGCUAUGCCUCACAGCGUGAGCGCCCUCAGUCGAGUCCCGGGCUCUUCCUCUUGUCUGCACACACCGAGCUGUCCCUCAAGGGCCAGCUGGCGCGAUACAAGCAGUUCCUACAACAAUCGGAUCCUCUGAAUCAUAGGAACGUCGGUUACACGCUUGCCACUAGACGCGAGAAACUACCAUAUCGUGGGUACACGGUCCUCGACGACGGCAGGUUUACAGAUGCCCCUAGCAUUGUCAAGUCGCCGAUAAGCCCACCAAACUUGUAUCUGAUAUUCAGCGGGCAAGGCGCGCAAUGGGCUGGCAUGGGAAAGGCGCUUAUGGAUUCAGAUGCUUUGUUUAAAGCCGAUAUUGAAACAAUGGAGAAAACACUCCAGGCGCUCAGCCCAGCUCCAGACUGGUCUUUGCAGAAUGAGUUCUUGAAGCCGCCCCAGCACACUAGACUCGGUGCCGCCGAGAUAUCACAACCCGUGUGCACCGCUCUUCAGGUCGCCCUGUUUAACAAGUUUGCCAGGGCGGGCAUUGAGCCCACGGCUGCCGUCGGUCACUCAAGUGGCGAGAUUGCGGCUGCGUACGCGUCGGGUGCCAUUUCAAUGCAGGCUGCCAUUGUGAUCGCAUACUACCGCGGCCAUGUAAUGCGAUUGGGGAAAGCCAAAGGAGCCAUGGCUGCAGUAGGACUCGGGCCUCGGGAACUCUCCAGAUUCAUUGUAAACGGCGUCCAGAUUGCUUGCGAAAAUAGUCCCAUGAGCACAACGUUAUCUGGCGACCGUCCCAAGAUUCUUGAUACUGUCUCACUAAUACGGUCAGAGCUACCGGAGGUUCCGGUCAAACUCUUGAACGUGGACAUAGCCUACCAUUCCCAUCAGAUGGAAUCUCUGGCAAAAGAGUAUGAGGAACUCCUCUCGAGAGGAUUAGUAACCUUGGGCGAGUGGCACUACACUGCAACCUCACUCUUUAUAUCAAGUGUGACAGGCCACGCCGUGAGCCCAUACCAUGCUUUUAACCCCAAGUACUGGGUCCAAAACCUCAUCUCUACUGUGCGGUUUUCAGCAGCCGUCAGCAAGCUGAUGGAGCUAAAGGGUGACGGCACCAUGUUGGAAGUCGGGCCGCACUCGACUCUGGCUGGUCCUGUGCGACAGAUCUGCGCCGGGGCUGGUCGGCACUGCAGCUACGCAUCGGCUGUCAUGCGAGGAGAAAGUAGCGCGGCAAGCAUCUUGUCUGCUUUUGGCCGGUUAUUCCAGGAAGGGGUUCCUUUCGACUUGGCAGCACUCUACCCUACCAGCGCCAAAGCCAUCUCAGGACUUCCAGAAUACUCCUGGGAUCACAGCAACUCUUUCUGGUACGAGAGCCGGUUGGCUCGAGACUGGCGCAAGCGCAGCCAUCCACACCACUGCCUUCUCGGAUCACGGACUCUGGAAUCGCCCGACCUCGAGCCACAGUGGCGAAACAUACUCUCCCUCGAGCAAGAACCAUGGCUGAUGGACCACAAGGUUGAUCAGGAUGUCGUUUUCCCUCUCGCUUGCUAUGUCGCCAUGGCUGGUGAGGCUGUGCGACAGAUGACUGGCGAAGCGGGAUACAGUAUCAGGCAUGCGGUCGCCCGCGUUGCCAUGGUCCUGACCGACACCAGGGAUACAGAGAUCAUCACUACCUUGCAUCCUCAUCGCCUCACAGAUUCCGACAGUUCGUCGUGGUUCACUUUCAGCAUCUGCUCAUACAACGGAGCAAACUGGAUCAAGCAUGUCGAAGGACAAGUCCGGCCACUUCGGCGUAUACCUUGCAGCACUCUUGAACAAGAGGAACUCCCCAGGAAGGUGGCCGCCUCUCGGCUCUAUGAAGCUCUUGGCGUCCAAGGCAUCAACCUCGGGCCCGAGUUCAGGGGACUGGGAGGCAUUUCUACGUCUGUGUCGACCAGUCUUGCCUCGGCAAACAUCGCUGUACCGAGCAAAGAUGACCGAAAAGCGUUUACCAUGCACCCAUUGGUUAUCGACGCCUGCAUACAACUUUUCAUUGUAGCUCAAGUGAAGGGGCUUUGUAGAGAUAUCACACAGCUUGUUCCAGUUCAAGUUGAGAGUUUAGACAUCUUCCCGCACGGCGACCGCAUGACUGCCUUGGCCUGGGAGUCCGUCGCGGAAAGCAGAGAGGUGAUUGAGGCCACAGCAGAUGGGGAGAUGGCGCUUCGCCUGUCCGGCCUGAGACUGGAGUCCGUCGGGGGUGGCCCGACCAAGAAUGAUGUUCAUGCUGCAGCAAGGCUCGAGUGGCUACCCGAUGCGGACUUUGUCAAGGCGAAACAGCUCAUCAAGACGCCACCGGCCAGCCGUAAUCAUGGACAUGUGCUGGAAGAAAUGGCGCUCCUAUGUAUCCUUGACAGCGCCGAGAGACUGGAGAAGCUUCCACCAGCCCGGCCUCAUUUUGCGAAACUGCGGCGGUGGCUUCAGCUUGUGGUACGGGAGGCGACGACAAGCAACAACCCUUUGGUACCGAAUUUCGCUAGCUAUUUUGGCAUCUCGCGUGAGGAGCGGCGAGUCAUGAUUACCAACCGACAUGACGCGCUUGUGGGAACGACCAGGGACGCUCUCGCUCGAGGCUUGAAACUCAUCCACGAUAACUGCGAACGCAUAUUCAAGGGCGAAGAGGACACCAUCGAUAUUCUCAUGACGGAUGGAGUGCUGACCAAAAUUUACGAUGCCGUUAGCUUUGAUUACGGCAACCUGGUCCGCAUCAUGUCCUGCACAAGGCCAAAAUUGAGGAUCCUCGAAGUCGGUGCGGGCACCGGCGGGACGACCGAGCAUAUUCUUCGCAACAUGUUGCAUCAAGGGGGGUUGCCUCAGUAUUCGGCCUACACAUUUACCGACGUUUCGGCUGGCUUCUUCCCUCAAGCCAAGGACCGCUUUUCUCACGCCCCAAACAUGGAGUACAUGGUGUUUGAUAUUACCAGAGAUCCCAUAGAACAAGGGUUCACGCCAGCAACCUACGACCUCAUUAUAGCUGCCAACGUUGUUCACGCCACCCCAUCACUCGAGGAAAGCCUCCGCAAUCUCAAUAAACUGCUUAAGCCUGGGGGAGUUCUUUUAUUGUCAGAACUCUAUACUCAGUCCCGGUCUCCGGGCUACGUUUUCGGGCACUUCGAGGGUUGGUGGCUGGGGGAGAACGACGGCCGCACAAAUGAGCCUUUUGUUGACCCUUCGAGAUGGCAUGAGGAACUUUUGGCAUCAGGUUUUACGGGCAUUGAAGAAGUCAUACACGACGAGGAGGCACCGUAUGCAUUAUCCAUGACGAUUGUGUCGAAAAGGAUGUCGGAAGAACUGCCGCAGGAAAGAAUGGUGUCUCUCGUCACCUGUGAGCCGCAGGGGGUGGUUGCAAGGUCCCUAAUUGAAGCCCUGCAACAAAUUGAAUUUGUUACAACGAUUUUCGAGAUGGGAGAAGAGUUGCCGACUGGGCAGGACGUCAUCAUGUGUGUCGAUCUUGAGAAGUGCUUCUUCCAAGACAUCGGAGAAGAAAGCUUCCAGAAAUUCCAAAACACCCUUAAAUGUCUCAGUACGGCGCAGAACCUCCUAUGGUUGACGAAUCCCGCUCAGAUAAAUUGCAUCGAUCCACGAGCAGCACAAUCCAUCGGCGUUGCAAGAACCAUUCGAGCAGAACUAGGACUGAAAUAUCAUACUCUGGAGAUAAAGAAGUGCGAAGCAGAGUUCGCUGAGCUUGUACUCCAAGUCUUGCUGAAAAUUCGACGGCAAGACGAUGAGGAUAAUCUUGAGCCCGACAGGGAGUUUGUCGUGGAAAAGGGGAUUGUUUACGUGGGACGAUAUCAUCCAUUUUUACUCCAGAAGGAGCUUGUACGCUUGAGCACCCCCGAGGAUGCCAACACCCUUGUGGCCUUGGAGUCAGGAAAUCCCAGUGCUAUAGAAGCGCUUCAUUGGGUGAAAAAGGAACUCCCCCGGAUUCUCCCUCCUGGGGCCGUCGAGAUAGAGGUCAAAUCUGUCGGCAUUAACUUUCGAGAUGUCCUCAUAGCCUCAGGGGUGUACAACCCAAGGGGAGCAACCCCGCGAGCACUGGGUCUGGAUGCUUCCGGAGUCAUUUCUGCCAUUGGGUCUAAUGUCAGAGGGUUUGAACCUGGAGACAGGGUCUUGGCGCUGACCCCCAAUGGUUGUUUUGGCACCAAGGUCGUUGUUAACUCUAAGCUAGUCGCAAAGAUGCCAGAGGGGAUGAAAUUUGAGGCGGCCGCGACAAUCCCCGCUGUCUUCCACACUGCAAUCAAGACGCUCCUCGACAUGGGCAACUUGAAAGGCGGACAGAGCGUACUCAUUCACUCGGCAUGUGGCGGCCUUGGUAUGGCUGCUAUCCAAGUUUGCAACAUGGUCGGGGCCAAGAUUUAUGCCACCGUGGGGAGCGAUGAGAAACUCAACCAUCUCGUGGAUAAGGAGGGCAUCCCCCGUGCACGCAUCUUCUCAUCGAGAGACGAAUCCUUCAUGAAUGGCAUCAUGAAGGCAACAAACAAUCGUGGCGUCGAUCUUGUCCUCAACAGCUUGUCAGGAAACUUACUGCACGCCUCAUGGAAAUGUGUGGCCGAGUUCGGCAUCAUGAUCGAGGUUGGGAAGCGAGAUCUGCUGGGUCACGGGCAGCUAGACAUGCACCCGUUUCUGGGCAAUCGCCAAUAUGCUUGUUUCGAUGGUCUUGAGUUGGCAAGGAAGCGGCCUGACCAAGUCAGUGACACGCUGAAUCGGUUCCUUGCUGAGUACCAGAAUGGCCGGCUAAAAGCAAUACCAAAGAUGUCUUGCUUCCGGGCGAAAGACGUUGUGGAUGCUUUUCGCCACCUUCAGAACGGAAGCCAUAUGGGCAAGGUGGUGGUUUCAAUGGCCCUCGGGGAUAUCGAAAAUGAGGCCGAGGCUUGGGCAAAACCCAUCGAGUUCGACUCAAAGGCUACAUACCUACUGGUUGGAGGGUUGGGAGGCCUUGGCCGAUCCAUGGCCAUAUGGCUCGUCGAGCAUGGGGCCAGAUCGAUAACGUUUCUAUCCAGGAGCGCAGGGGUGAGUGAAAUGAGCAAGGCAACGCAACUAGAGCUCGAGCGUAUGGGCUGCCAGGUCACCUUGGUCGCCGGAGCUGCAGAAAACAUGGACAAUGUACAGACGGCCAUCAACUCCUCGGUGGCACCGAUCCGAGGGGUGUUCCAUCUUGCCAUGGUGCUGCGGGACAGCGCCAUGGUUGACAUGACAUGGGAACAGUGGGAUGCGGUAACAAAACCCAAGGUAAGCGGCGCGUGGAAUCUACACCUCGCCUUCGCGGAGCGCCCGUUGGACUUCUUCUGGAUCGCCAGCUCCUUGGUCAGCGUCAUUGGCCAUCCAGGGCAGGGGAAUUAUGCAGCGUCCAGCUCGUUCCUUGAGGCCUUCUGCCAGUUUAGGAGAAAUCUCGGGUUGCCAACAGCCGUGUUGAACAUUUCCCCGAUAAGGGGGGCCGGGUAUAUCGCAGAGAGCGCCACAGCGCGAAGAAAUAUGAGGUUGCAAGGAGCCUACUACCUCGGCGAGAAGAACUAUCUCGACUUUGUUGAACUCACCCUCCUGACAGCAAAGGCGGGAGCAGUGCCAUGCAACACGGGGCCGAUUUCUUGCAACGAACCCUUGACCGCGUGGAGCAAUACAAGUCAGGUCUUGAUGGGCUUGCGGUCGGAUUUGCCUUUGGAGGACGCCAUGAAUCGCUGCAGCUGGCGCCAUGACAGACGAAUGGGGAGCUACCACAACAUUUCCGGCGAGAUACAUACAGAGGGUUGCAACUCGGGCGUGCUCAAGUCGUUGCUCAAUCAGAUUUCGAAUGAUGUGACCAUCUUGGAAGAUGAAGCUAGCAUCCAAGUCCUGGCGUGCGAGGUUGGAGCGAUGGUGAACGACCUCCUGCUGAGGCCUAGCCAUGAGGUGGACACCGAACUGACCCUACCAGAGAUGGGACUUGACUCGCUCAUGGCAACCGAACUAAGACGAUGGUUCCGGCAAGUGGUAGGUAUCGAGAUGAGCGUGCUCGAGAUGAUGUCCGGCGGAUCCUUGACCCAGCUAGCCAAGGUAGCCGCCACUCGUCUGAGGACUAGGCAUACAUAA